UAUUGUAGCGGCUGAUUAGAGCUCAUCGUGUUUAUAUCGUUUAUAUAUUAUCUAAAUAUAUAAUGGAGUUUUAUUUGCAAACGGAUUCAUCACUUUUAUGUCGGAUUUGUAUGAAAGAUACCACGACAAUCGAAGCGGAAGAUAUAUAUUUACCGGAUAAAGAUGAACCUAGCAUCCACAGUCUGCUUGCUGUAGUUUGUUCUUCUGUGUUUUCCAAAGAAGAACUUCAAACCAGAGAGUUACUAGGAAUGCCUAAAAUAGUGUGUUUGCCUUGCAAGGAGAAAGUUGUAGCAUCGUAUAAGUUACAUGAAGAUUGCAUUGAAGCAGACCGUAAACUGUGGGAUAUGAUUUCGGUUCAAAAAGAGUUGCAGGAUUUACAAGAAAUCAACACCGACCCAGGGAUAGACAGUGCAGCUGAUAAGUCCGGACCGGAAUUGGAGGAAAAAGAGCGGCAAAACAACAUUCGCGAAGCGUUGAAAAUCGCCAAGAUAGAAUCCGGAAGGUUGGAUAACAGUGGCACAACUUGCGAAUCGUGUUGGGCAAAGAUGAAGACCGAGAAGCGCCUAUAUGAGCACAUGCGGAAAAUUCAUCCGAACGAGAUCCUUCCGUGCACGGAAUGUAACGCUGCAUUUUUCAGUAAAUUUAAAUUAGAAGACCACAAAGUUUUUCACAUCACUGGUCUGAAGUACGUUUGUCACAUAUGUGAAAAGCGAUUCAAAUCCGCUACUGGAAUACGAAAUCACAUUCGGCUUCAUGGAGCCAGUACUGAAUACCAGUGUGAUCAGUGCGACAGAAAGUGCACAAAUCCAAGCACGUUGAAGCUCCAUCGUCUGUGGCACACUGGCGAGCGUGCAUAUCCUUGUGAGCGAUGUCCGUCUAGGUUCAAAACGAAAGGAUCUCUUAAGCAGCACAUGACGGUGCACACUAAGGAAAAGAAUUAUUCUUGUGACUUGUGCGGUUCCAAGUUUACCAAAAGCACCUCACUUAUCAAACAUGUACAAAUUCAUUCAGGAGAACGCCCUUAUGUUUGUGAUAUUUGUCCACAGAGGUUUAAAACCACCAAUGUUCUUAGACGUCAUAAAUUUACUCAUACCGGAGAAAAACCAUUUAAGUGUGCGUAUUGUGAUCGUGCCUAUGCCCAGAGUAAUGAUCUGGCAAAGCAUAGCCGCAUACACGUAGGAGACAAACCGUACAAAUGCGAUCGCUGUGACGAGGACUUCCGUUUGCUGACUGAUUUGCGUCAACACUACAAGGUGCAUUUCGACGCAGGCGAACAGGGUGAAAACGAAGCUAUCAAUGCACUGAAUGAUGUGUAUUCCGAGGAAGGCUUGUACAAUGGACUUCCGUUUUCCAUCGUGUCGGUGCUGAACAGGAGGUUUGAGUUGGAGCAGCGAAAACAAAAGCAAAAGGAGCAUCAAAAUGAACCUCUGCGAACGGUAAAAGUCGAAGACGGCAAGUGAAUCACGGAGUUUCGUUUACUUUGAGUAAUUUUAGUUUUUAACAAACGCACGAUACAAUA